UAUUUUCUUUCGUCAUCAUUCUGCGACAGGCUUGCCAGCACACAAAAACCACAACACAGACUCUCAAACAGAUUAAACGUUGCUGAUUGCAUGUGGUUUGCGAAAUAUCGAUGUUGACACGUAGCAAUACCAGGCCCCCCUGCACCGUCUUCUCAUAGUGCUUUUGUGUGAGCGCGGUCGGGAUGGGCCAGCAGAUCUCAGGCCAGGCGGGGAUGACCAGUCUACCUGAGAAGCUGGUGAAACACGCCGGGCUGGUACGAGACAGCGGUUACCUCAACUACGAGGAGUUCCUGGGCAGGGUAGCAGAGCUCAAUGACAUGACAGCUAAGCUGGCAGCUGGACAGCAAAAACACCUGAUCUUUGAAGUCCAGACUGGCUCGGACACCUCUGCUCUGUGGAAAGUGUCUGUGAGGAUAGUUUGUACCAAGAUCAACAAAGAAAAUGGGAUGGUGGAGGCGUCUCGCAUCAUGAACCUGUACCAGUUCAUUCAGCUGUACCGUGACAUUACCAGCCAGGCAGCAGAGGUGCUGUCAGCAGAGGGCGCCAGCCUCCCGUCUGGAAACCUCCCAUCAGGGGAUUCCUGUCAGGCCAGCGUGUGGAUGGGCAGGGUAAAGCAGUUGACUGAUGAGGAAGAGUGCUGUAUCUGCAUGGAUGGGAAAUCUGACCUCAUCCUGCCCUGUGCUCACAGCUUCUGUCAGAAGUGCAUUGACAAGUGGAGUGGGCAGAGCAGGAAUUGUCCAAUAUGCCGCUUGCAAGUGACCGCUGCUAAUGAGUCGUGGGUGAUGCCUGAUGCCCCUACAGAGGAGGACAUAGCUGGCUAUAUCCUCAACCUGGCUGACGAGGCAGGCCAUCCACACAGACCUUAAACUAGUCAACACUAAGACACUUUGAUAAAUUAGUGACAGACAAACUGACAUCGGGAAUAGUUUGGGGUUUUCCCCUGACUUAGUGUAGGGCCUGUAGUUUUCCCCUGACUUAGUGUAGGGCCUGUAGUUUUCCCCUGACUUAGUGUAGGGCCUGUAGUUUUCCCCUGACUUAGUGUAGGGCCUGUAGUUUUCCCCUGACUUAGUGUAGGGCCUGUAGUUUUUUCUCAUCAGGAAAAAACCUUGGCCUAGUUUUGGGGUAUGUAGAUAGGAUUUGGUUUGCUUUAUAGAAAUGUGCCUAUGUGAUUUUCACUUUUAGCAAUAACCACUGGUUAUAUUUCUUUUAUGUUCUCUUUUUUACUUUUCCAUAUUUUUCCAUGAUUGCUCUCCAAAGUGGAUGUGUAUAUAAGAUUUAAAGGUGUGUGUAUAUACACUUAGUGGCCAGCUUAUUAGGUACACUACCCCAUUCACGAAAAUUGUUUGUUCCUACAGACAGUGAGUCACGUGGCCGUGGCUUGCCAUAUAAAGCAGGCAGACAGGCAUCGAGGCAUUCUGUUACUUUUCGAUUGAAUGUUAGGAUGGGCAAAACGACUGACCAAAAGCGACUUUAAGCAUGGUUUGCUCAUCGGUGCCAGGCACGCCGGUUCCAGUAUCUCAGAGGCCCGGCCCCUGGGCUUUUCAGGCAUGACAGUGUCUAGGGUUGAUCAAGAAUUGUGCGACAAACAAAAAAACAUCCAGUCAGUCCUGUGGGCAAAAACAGCUCGUUGAUGAGAGGUCGAAGGAGAAUGGCAAGAAUCUUGCAAGCUAACAGGCGGGCCACAAACGGGUAAAUAACAGCGCAGUACAACAGUGUUGUGCAGAACAGCAUCUCAGAACGCACAACUCUUUGGUCCUUGUCACAGAUGGGCUAUUACAGCAGACGACCACACUGGGUUCCACUCCUAUCAGCUAAAAACAAGAUGAAGCAGCUCCAGUGGGCACGCCAUCACCAACACUGGACAAUUGAGGAGUGGAAAAACACUGCCUGGUCCGACGAAUCCCGGUUCGUGUUGCGUCAUGCUGAUGGUAGAGUCAGGGUUUGGCGUUAGCAACAUGAGUCCAUGGCCCCUUCCUGCCUUUUUUCAACAGUACAGGCUGGUGGUGUAAUGGUGUGGGGAAUGCUUUCCUGGCACACUUUAGGUCCCUUAAUAUCAACUGAGCAAUGUUUCCAUGCCCUUUAAAAUUCAGGCUGUUCCCGGAGCAAAUGAGGGUCCGACCUGGUACUAGAUGAGUGUACCUAGUAAAUUGGCCACUGAAUAUGUCCACAAGAAUAUAACAUGUAACCACUUUGUUUCUGUUCGGCUUGGUUAUACCUACUCUUAAAAUUGCACUUUGAUUCCUGGAUAAUAGUAGAUGUUUUAGUAUAACUUUUAUAGGCAGCUCUGUAACUGCUGUUGAACUUUGCAUAAAUCAAUGUAGUCACAUGAAUGCUUUAAUUUUGAAAUCCACACACUCUGUGGGAAUGGUUUGUAAUUUCAUGAAAUGUGAAAAUAAGUACAAUAAUCUCAUGGAUGCUUUAGCCAGGAUAAAGCUUUCUAUUUGCUCUUUAAUCAACAUGUUAGGGUGGGGUGAUUUCUAUCAACUAUUUUUAGCUUUUAGUCUAAAUUACUGUUUAACAUAAUUAAAACAAAACCUCUGCAUUAUUAUUUACAAUAAUUAUUUAUUAUAUCACAGAUACCCAGGCCAGUGCAUUGGAUGUUUUAAAUAAUGUACUUUUUAUUAAGUGUGAGAGACUGAGUGAAUGUUAAAAUAAUACAUAUAUAUUUUUAUUCCCAUUAGGUAACUAAAGAUUUAAGCUGUUUUCUGUAUGUACUUUACUCACGACUGACUGUUAGUUAAACAAUGAUUUAACAUAUUUUAAAAAAAAUAUUAGUCCACACAACAUUUUUAACCAAAUCUGACAAAGUAUUUAGGGUUUGUAAUGUUGACCAAUUGCACUUUUGAACACUUUUGUAUUUCGCUGUGACAAUCGUAUUAUUGUUGUGCAUCUUUGAGUAUAGCAAAAUCCACUACAACAUAAUUGAUGUCCUUUAGAAGUGUAGCAGGGCUCUACACUUACAAGAUGAGUAACUUUGCCUGAGGACUUGUGUUAGCAACCAGAGCUAACAACUAGGCUUUAGCUCAGUGGGCUAACGCAGUCUUCAGUUUCAUCGAUAGCCUGUGUUCAACCUGGUUGGUUACAGAAGCGCACAGCCUAGUAAUUUUAUGAAAGUCAAACUGCAUUUAUCAUUUGAGUGCAAUGUUCUAUGGUGGCCUAUAGGUGGUAGCAUGUACCCUGUAACUGCACCUGUAGUUGGCUGGAGUACUUAAGAAUGACUGACUAAUUCAGGAUGUUUAGGACGCAACUUGCUAGUUAACUAUGAUUAUGGUGUUUUCUUGUUAAUUGAUAAACUGAACUGUCUCUUUGAACAUUCAUAACAUAAAUCAACAACAGGCUAAUAAAGAGGGCAGUUAUGUCUUUUGGCUAUGG